UCCGCGAAGCUCCAAAAAUCUAUGAAAUGUGUUUGCAUGUUCCUCUGUGCAAGCGGGGAUGUAGAGGUGGGAUCGCGAGGACCGAGAAGGCUGGGGGAACCCACGCGUUCAGCCGCACCGAAAGUACGCUUUUUACUAAAUAACUGACGGUGAAUAUUUUUAUUUCUUUUCUUUCAUUUUUUUUAAAAAAACACAUUACUCAUUAGCAGGCAGCCACUCUGUAUGAUUGUGUUCUCGGAGAAUAAGCUUUUUUCUUUCUUUUUUUGGUCACCGUUGUGCACGGCAGGCUGAGAGACGGACCGCUCGGGCUGCGGGAGCCUUCCCCUCCGCGCGGAUAUCUGCUUCGUGAUUCCGGGUCGGCCCAUGGAACCACGUGGAUGAGGUGCUGAGCUGCAGAGCGGGCCUGUCAUCGGGCCUGUCAUCGGGGGCCCAUUGCGCCACCCGAGGACCGAGCGCCGAAUCUCUUUGGGGCGGCACAGAAAAAAACCGACCGAGACGAGGUCUUUGCUCCCCCCGUCCUCGCUCACACCCCCUUCCCCCUCCCCCCCCCCCCUCCCCCCCCCCCCCUUCCAAAAACCCCCGGCUCGCUACGCUCUGGAACCAUGUCUAGCGGGCUGUCGGCGGGGGGCCGGACGGAGGACCAGGAGCGGAGCGGCCGCAAACAGGACUCGCCCGUCGUGGAGCGCCGGAACCGCAGCGGCAUCAUCAGCGAGCCCCUGAGCAAGAGCCUUAAGAAGUCCCGCGCCCUCUCCCAGUACACGGCCGUCUCCUCUGCCGCCAGCAACGGACACAACAGGGACAACAGGGAGACCAAGAGCCACCCGGCCAAGCCUCAGCCGCCCCCGCUGCCUCAGCCCGCCGUCUCCGCCCUGGCGGCGGCCAAGUUGGACCGGACCCUCGAACAGGUUCUGGAGGGACAGAAUGGCCUGCUGCACUUUGCCCAGGCGGCGGCAUUGUUAAAGCGGGCCGGUAUGGAGCACAUGCUCCUGCCCGGGGGCAUGGGAGUGGGAGUUGGCAGCGGCGACGCGGGCUCGGGGGCUAGCGACUUGGAGGGUGCGUCUGUCACGGACGCCGUGGGUGGUCCCGUGGACUUCCCAUAUGGAGUAGGGGGCGGUUUCCCCUUCAACCCGGGGCUUUUCAUCAUGACGCCGGCUGGAGUGUUUCUGGCGGACAGCGCGCUGCACAUGGCCGGCCUGGCCGAGUACCCGGCGCAGAGCGAGCUGGCCUCUGCCAUCAACUCCGGUAAAAAGAAGCGGAAACGUUGCGGCAUGUGCCCACCUUGCCGGCGGCGGAUUAACUGCGAGCAGUGCAGCAGCUGCCGGAAUCGCAAAACGGGCCACCAGAUCUGCAAGUUUCGCAAGUGUGAGGAACUGAAGAAGAAACCCUCUGCUGCUUUGGAGAAGGUGAUGCUUCCUACAGGAGCGGCGUUCCGGUGGUUCCAGUAGGACUCCUCCUCUUCCUCCUCCUCCUCCUCCUCCGCUCCCUACCCAAAGCUCUGCCAUCAAGUGCAAUGCCAACUCCUGGAUUGUCUCCAGAACAGACACUGGCUAAUAAACAAACAGGCAAACAAAUAAAAUGAUAGAAAAAAAAAAAGAACAAAAAAAAACAAAGCAGAAUAAAAAAAGAAAAAAAAAAGAAAUCAAUCGGGUAAUGGAUGCACCUACUUAUUCCUUGAACCAAAAAUGAAGUGUAAAGAAAAGCAUCUUUGGCAACUUUCAUUCCCUUUUCUAUGUUUCCAUUUUGGUACCUUUUGUCCUUUUUCCAGCAGGUUUUUUUUCUGUCGCUUAAACACGGAACUGUUCAUCGCCAGAAACAGAAAUGACGGACUGAGUGUGGACAAUCAACUAAUUUCUGUGUUUGGUGUUAAUGUUGUUCAUGUGUGGAAAGAUACAGUACUUGUGUAGAGAAUGUAAAUUUACAGCUAUAUUUCAAAACUAGUGGCUAAUGGCAAACAUUAUUGUAAUUCCUCACCAUUAUUUUACUUAAAACCCAUGUCGGUUUUUACGACCCUUUUUGUCGCGGGGGGGUCCGUUUUUUUUCCCCCGACGGAUCGGUGGUGGAAGAAGACGUCCCAAAUUGUGACGCUGUUGAUUUUGAAUUCAAACCAAACUGAAGAAGUCCCGUUAACCAGGCCACUGCUGUGCUCCGUAUAGUCUCCUCAAUCAGCCCCCCCCCCCCCCCCCCCCCUCUGCAUCUCCAAACUUCUCCUUGAGUGAUACUGGCAGCCUUAUGUUACUGUGGCCCUUCUGAGCAUGUGCCAAUAUGCUCAGGGCAAUAGCACUAAGAGACAGCACUUGCUCUGAGUCUACCCUACUGAACGCACUGAGACGAGAUGUGUUGUUUUUGUUUCUUUAUUUGCUACAUUUUCAUGAUUUUGUUUUGUUGCUGGGUAGCUACAGCUUUUUGGAAAUAACCAAUCUUUGUAUUUGUUUAGAAAAUUCGAACUGGUUUUGUGAAUAAAAAGGAAUGCAUGUAUUGUGUCAAAAUUUACAAUUCUGAUGUUUGUCUACUUGUCUAUUUGCAUGUUGUUGUUGUUGUUUUUUAAGCAGCUGGUUUGACAAAAAGAAACAUUUAGUGUAUGUUAGCCAUGGAGCCAAUCAGUAUUCCCUUUUCUUUGAUUAUUGGACGGUGUGGGGCAAUUGUUAAAGAUGCUGACGUGAGCAGAACUCAUUAAAAGUAGGUGGGGCGCCCAUGUGGUCGGUUUGACUGUGAGAUUUCUCUCACGGCCUGUGUGUCGUCCUGUAGCGGAAUGACUGACGGCGCCUUGCUGUGCUAAAAUGGAAACCGAAAUAAUCCAAAAGAUGUUUGAGUAAGAACAAUUUGAUCGCAGUGUUUCCUAAAAAUGAAUGGAACCUCCCCAAAAAAACCCUGUAUUUUAUCCUAGAUCAUCUUUACUCUGCGACGUUCUACGUACUCCAUAACAUUUUGAGCCAGACCAUCAUUAAAAGUCACGGAUUACUAAUGGGAAGCUUUCUCCUCAGAUCUAUUAAGGCUAUCCAGACGAAUCCCGGAUAAAGUGUCUAGCUGUGUUUAGGCCUGGAUCUGUUAUGCAUACAUGGAGUAGAGUUUAGAUAAAGACGUAGAUAAGUGAGACCGCUGCUGAUUUAAAACCUUUAAAAAAAAAAAAGAUAAUCUCACAUGGGUGUCAGUGUAAUUACUGAUUGUAAUGCCUCAGGUCUGUAACACUAGAGUGAAUUUCCAUUUCCUGCUAAGUGAGGAUUCUCAGUGAUUUUUCUCUCUCAGUCACUCUUUCACAUCCAGGUGGGGGAACUAGAUGCAGAAAGCCGCAGCGCCGGGUGUUUUUAAUUAGUGGAUAUCCACGGUGGAAGGCCCAGUUUGGUGGGCUUGUGUACGAGCUCGUGAUCAGCUUGGCGAGCGCAGGGUUGGCGAG